GUGAUUGAUGUUUUUGAGAAAACUACUAUUGUGAAAAAAGUGGGUGAAAUUCAUGGUGGAUCUUCAAUCAUUGUUUGAUUAUUGAGAUUUGCGAUAUAAUUGAUGCUGAAAUGUGGAGUUUAAUGGCGUUGUACUGAAGAAAACAAAGAGUACACAGAUUUAUAUGUAAACCAAGUAAAGCAUAUAAGAGCAGUAUUGUUCAAAUGGGCUGGGGAAGAGCGACAUACGAGGGAGUAAUUGUAGUGGGAUCAUUAUGCUUACUGGGUUGGACAGGGUUAUGGUUUUUGAAUCGCAGAUUGUACAAAGAGUAUGAAGAGAAGAGAGUACUGGUUCAGAUCAUAUUCAGUGUUGUUUUCGCUUUAUCGUGCAAUCUAUUUGAGCUUGUUCUUUUCGAGAUCAUUCCAAUUCUUUCGAAAGAGGCAAGAUGGAUGAAUUGGAAGGUGGAUUUAUUUUGUUUGAUUCUGUUACUAGUCUUCAUGUUGCCCUACUAUCAUUGCUACCUGAUGCUUUGCAACAGCGGCAUGAGGAAGGAACGGGCUGCAGUGGGUGCUAUCUUAUUCUUGUUGGCUUUUCUCUACGGUUUUUGGCGCUUGGGCAUUCACUUUCCCAUGCCUUCACCUGACAGAGGAUUUUUCACCAUAACUCAGCUGGUUAGCAGGAUUGGUGUGAUUGGCGUGACUGUCAUGGCUAUCCUUUCUGGUUUUGGAGCAGUCAAUUUGCCAUACAGUUAUCUAUCUCUAUUCAUCAGAGAAAUAGAGGAAUCAGAGAUCAAAGGACUGGAGAGGCAGCUGAUGCAGUCAAUUGAAACUUGUAUUACAAAGAAAAAGAGAAUUAUUCUUUGUCAGAGAGAAAUGGAGAGGAUCCAAGUUUCGGAAGAGAAAACAAAAUCCAGUUCCUUCUUUAAGCGCAUUGUGGGAACAGUUGUACGAUCUGUUCAGGAUGACCAAAAGGAACAAGAUAUUAGAAACAUGGAAAACGAGGUUCAGGCCUUAGAGGAGCUAUCAAAGCAGUUGUUCUUGGAAAUUUAUGAGCUUCGCCAAGCUAAGGAAGCUGCUGCUUAUUCUCGAACAUGGAAGGGUCAUUUGCAGAAUCUUUUGGGCUAUGUGUGUUCUGUCUAUUGUGUGUAUAAAAUGAUAAAGUCUCUUCAGAGCGUUGUUUUCAAGGAGGCUGGUUCUGUAGAUCCUGUAACAAGGACAAUCAGCAUAUUUUUACAGUUCUUUGACAUAGGAAUUGAUGUCAACUUAUUAUCACAGUACAUUUCUCUCAUGUUCAUCGGGGUGUUGAUUGUGGUGUCUGUGAGGGGCUUCCUGACUAACUUGAUGAAGUUCUUUUUCGCAGUUUCCAGAGUUGGAAGUGGAUCAUCAAGUAAUGUUGUGCUUUUUCUCUCUGAAAUCAUGGGAAUGUACUUCCUUUCCUCCAUUCUUUUGAUCAGAAAGAGUCUGGCAACUGAAUAUCGGAUAAUCAUCACGGAUGUAUUAGGUGGAGACAUACAAUUCGAUUUCUAUCACAGGUGGUUUGAUGCAAUAUUCGUAGCCAGUGCUUUCUUAUCUCUGCUUUUGCUCUCUGCACACUAUACAGCUCGAAAGGCCGAUAAUAAGCACCCAAUUGAUUAAACCAUAUUCCUGAGUGAAGAUGCUAUAUUUUAUGUUUAGGCCAGAAUCAGUUACACUCUAUUCUUUGUAAUGAUGUAUCAUUGAUAUAGUAGCAAUUUUGUAUGAUCAAAGCCAUCUGGUUUUCAUCUAA